AUGUUCUCUUCCUUCGUACGGUUUAUUUUAUUUCUUAUUGUUUGUCUUACAAUUGCUCAUGCAUAUCCACCAUUAAUGAGCAGAGGCAAAUGGUUAUCAGAACAUGCUGCAAGACCUCAUGGUAUUCACAAUGGAGAAGUAUAUGAUUAUAUUAAUUUUCCAGAUGGAAAUGAUAGUGAUGUGAUUGGUACUAAUGGUUUUCCGACAUGGCUAUUACGAUCGCGUAAAUUUUGCUGUGCACCACCAUUGUAA